AUCGAAAAUUCCCCAAUCCUCUGAUCAAUACUACAGUAGAAGUCGAAUUUGGUUUCCGUCUUUCUGGGAUACAGAUCAGUAUGCCAAUAGGCAGACCCUCAAUUGUAGUAUGCAACAAGACGAAUUGAUAAGCACAAACGCACGGGCCCACCACCCCUUUAGCUACUUCUCCCUUCACCGGGGUCCUCAACGUCCACCCAAACAUCAAAAGCAGCAUUGCGCCCAUGAUGAGUUCGCGGCCCUUCACCUGCACAGAGUGCACACAGACAUUUACGAGAAACGAAAACUUGGAACGACAUAAACGCUCAAGACAUGGUAGCGAUAGCCGUAGGCCGUUCAGAUGCGAAAAUUGCAAAGCCAGGUUCACUAGAAAGGACGUGUGCAAGAGACACGCCGAAAGAUGUAGAGGCACAUUCAGCCGUGUGUUGACGAUCACCGCUAUCGAGAACGGAGCGGCGCAACAGGCAUCGGCCGUUGAAGACACUGCUCUUUCACCAGACGACCAGGAUGAUUCGCCCUUUUCAACUUCUCAGGAAGGCAUUAACGCUGGAGUUGGAGAUGAUACCAUCUACCCAAAUAGCCCACCAGAAGCUACAGAAGUGCCUAAUCCGGAGCAGCUUCUAGUGACGGAGAUUAUGACGACCGGAAUAGAAACUUACGUAUCAACGUAUUUCGAGAGUUUCCAUCCAUCAUUCCCACUUGUGCAUCGACAAAGCAUAGGGAAUGAGUUACCUAAGUUGUCGAAGCAGAUUAUCGUCUCAAUUGGCAUGCUAUAUGCUUCCAGAAAUGUGUCUGAAGAGGAAACGGCAUCCUUGAUGCAGAAGAGCCAAACACUAUGGAAGUAUGGUCAUAAUGAACUUUGGCGAGUUGUUGAGGCGGACUGGAGAGAAAUCCGCAGGGCAUGGGUUAUGCAAGCAUGGCUCUUGCAUAUCAUCUAUGGGGCGUAUACUGGCAAUGCGUCUGACUUCGAUAAAUCAAAGAAGAUGCUGCGAUGGAUUGUCGACGCCGCCCGAGACCUCGGUCUCCUCCGCCAAAACGUUUUCCAGUCAACAUCCAGGUUCAGAGACUUGGAAGAACAGACAUUACACGAUCACUGGAUGUCAUACGUUGAAUCGGAGUCCAUGAAGCUAUCCAUGUACACCCUUCUGUUCCUCGACUUUCAUAUUUUCUCCCCUUGCAACAUUCGCCCACUUACCACUCCCACCGAGCUCGAUUGGGAGCUGCCCCUUGCUUCAUCAUUAUGGGAAGCGGACACCUCGUUAGCGUGGGCCCAACGGCUCGGAGACGAACCCCGAACUGUCGGACUGACCCGAUCUCACGACACGCCUGGCAUGACUUGCCCAACAACAAAAUCACUGAACCUUGCUAUGCAAUCAUUAAUGACGGACACACCGAGUCCGCAAUUGUUAGCGGCGCUGCGUGCUUCGCCGAUGGCAACGCUCUUCGUCCUUACCAGUCUCGAUUCCCUCGUCAGGGAUUUUACCCGGUGCUACUACCAACUCCCACCGGCUUUGGCCGACCCAAACGCAUACCACAUUCUCACUCAAUCUCAAAACAGACAGGUCAGUGCAGCUUUACGAUACGUCUCCGAAAUCAUCACAACGCAAAUCGCCGCGGCAGAUAGCUCGAACUGGCACAUUCUGAACUUUGCCGAGCGUAUCGCACUAUCCGUCAAGCUCGCGCUCUGCAAACCCGAUGAUCUUCUGAUUGGUGGUAUCGUGGAAAAUAGCGUCGUUGCCGGCCUCACAACCGCGACACAUCUCACCAUGGGACUUCAGGUUGGAGCUCGCAGAUCGUUGCAAAACCUACUCAGAUACAAUUCCGGUGAUGACGGAAUGUUAGUCUUCCUUGAUGACUUGAUGGACGUCCUGUCAAGUGUGACGAGCAUCGAGAGGCAAGAUGCGUUUCGAGAAGCGCCUUGGGCGACGGUGGCUACGUACAAGAUCCUCCUGGCAAUAUGGAGGUUACUGCGAUGGGCAACAGGAGAGAUGCGACGGAAGGCAGGUACCCAGGCGACCGUCCGCACUCGGUUUGAGGCUUCUACAAUCAUCUUCGAUUCCAUUCUUGAAGUCCUGCAGCGACAAGAGCACAUCAGUGGCCAAACUCGGCGCCUCUCGGUUCGGGAGUCCACCUCAUUAGGCAUGGCGUCGGAGGCGAGUGAGGUACGCUUCAUGGAAACCGUAUUACAGUUCUGGAAGGGGAGACCUAUUUGGGCAAUGGGGUCCUUCAUGACAACGGUGCUCGAGGAGGUCAUCUCGGCUGGUGGUAUGGCCUAUGAGUAAGGGUGUGCCGACUAGCGCGCGGCGAGUAGGCCGCUGCCUCAGACCAGGGUUGCUGCGGAGCUCCGCCGCAGCCACCACUUAUCUCGAACUGUAUAUCUAUACUUUGAAGAGGCACUUGAAUUGUCACCUGGAGUAGUCUGUGACAUCCCGAAUUUCCCGAAUCGUUUCAAUCUUCCAACGGGUUUACCGCCGGCUAUAUCCUACACCAAGUCAACGCUGAUUGUGUGUGUCCCCAUCAAACAGACGCCAAGAAAAUCAUGGCUGCGCAGGAUAAUUUUGGCUGGGUAUUACUUCUCCUACCAUUGAUAUCAUUUCCUUAUUCACUCACACGUGGCUCUCACUCUUAGAAGUACAACUUCC